AUGAAGUUCAGCGCUGUAGCGACCUCCCUCCUCUGCCUAGUGGCCCAGGUUGCCGCCAGCGAAACCACGACCUCGACCUCAACGACGACUAUCACCAAGACCCUGCUGCGCGUCAACGCCGUCACCGCGACCCCCAGCUCCAGCGGAAGCAUGACCUCCGUGCCGGCCAGCAGCACCCCGCUGGUUACCUCCAAGCCCUCGUCGACGACCCACCCCGCCGCUCCCUCCAAGACCGGCGCCGCAGUUCACCUCGGCGCGGGCGUGCCCGCUGUCCUGGUUGCCGGAUCCUUUGCGCUGGUCAUGGGUCAGGCGCUGUAA